AUGAUAGGAAAACUCCCUCUUGGGGUUGUCUCUCCUUAUGUGAAGAUGAGUUCCGGGGGCUGUUCGGACCCUCUGAAAUUUUAUGCUACCAGUUACUGCACAGCUUAUGGUUGGGAGGGGUUCAAGCCUCACAUGGGCAGCCAUUCAGGCACAGGCUACAAAUCUAACUACCGGCCCCUGGUUUCCUACCAACCUUACCUGGAUACCCUGGACAACCUGGGCAUGGGGGAACAAAUCCGGGACAGUUCCCAGUCUGUGACCAGUAACAGUUACUGCCCCCUAGAGGUGCCUGAUGGCAAGUAUCCCUUGCCCUGGAACCUGCACCAGACCACCUCUGGCUAUGGGCAGGAGAAGCUCAAUUCAGGACCACUCUCCAAAGAGGUCAGGAAAGUCCACUUCGACACCCAGGAUCAUGGGCCCCAAUCCAUCACAGGGCUGGAAACCAAGGAGGUUCCCAUGUUCUACCAGCAGCAGGGCAAGGCCUCUAUGGACUGGGAGAAUUCCCACUAUAGACCAUGCUUCAUGACUUCUGAAUAUAAUUCCAAAUAUAUCAAGGAGCCCCCAAGCCAUCCAGAUCUCCUGCUGAAGAAGACAGUUGGUCCCAAGGAGGAGACAGGCUUCACAGAGGAGUCUUCCAAGAAUCCCAUUGUCUUCCAGCCACCCUCACAGGUGCUUCCUGGGGACCCUGUCCUCCACCCAGGACGAAGUGUCACCAAGUCGGACUUCCUCCCCAUGGCUCACCCUCAAGGAAGUGAAUUCCUCCCUGUGUUGGCAAGAGGCUCUGAUCGGGAUACAGAGUACAGCAGAAUAAAUGAAAGGCCUUUGAAUGCCAGGAUGCCCGCUCCAAGCCCACAGCCCGCCAGCACAAGCCAGAGGUCUUACCAGCCUCCUCCAAGAAUGCAACAGAGCAACGUUUCUCUGCUUGGCCGGGAGACAGUGGGGAACAAGGAGCCCACGGGGUUCACUAUUCACAACCCUAGCUAUGUCCAGAGUGCCUAUGACCCUGACAGAGAUCAACAGUACCUGACUACCUACAAUCAAGGGUACUUCAAGAACAUCCCCAAAGGGCUAGACCGAGAAGACUGGACUCGAGGUGGCAUCCAGCCCCAGAAGGCGAGAGGCUACUCCCUCAACCAAUCGAUAACCCGCAUGGAGGCCACCCCCAACCCCACGGAGGGCCUGCGGCACCAGUACUCCCAUGUGGGAAGAACCCCGGCCUUGUCUGACUCUUUCUAUCAAGAUGUGCCUCACAGCAGCCGCUAUGCUGCUUCCAGCUGA